GGGGAAAGCCGACUCGCCGGAGGUUGUCUUCCUAAAAACAUGCCUUCGGUUGCUGCCGUCGGUGACCUUAUUUUAUGGAUGCAGUAACGUUUGGCAUCAUCGUCGGGAUAAUAAUCCUCUUCUUUAUUAUUGUUUGUUUCAUCACCAUUGAAGGCACCUGCAAACGUCGCUCUUCUUGAAAUCCAAUGCCCCAAACCUAACACACUAUUAAUCUGGAAAGCUCCCGAAGAAAACCUAACACGCUUUAAAUUCUGGAAACCCCCCCAAAAAAAACAGAACAAACCCUUCCCAGAAUCCAAUACAACAAGCCGAUAACAAUGGCGCUUCGUCAAUCUAAAAACCAGAUCUGUAGUUUACUUAUCGUCUUGGUUUUGACGAUUGGGUUUAAUUUGAAAGCGAGUUUCGGGCAACAGUGUCAGCACUCUAGUGAGCCGGAGGUUCAUGAAUCUCAUGAUCAUCAUCAUAACUGUGACCACUCGCAUGACCAUCACCAUCACCAUGGUCAUCAUCAUCAUUUGGGGAGGAAAAAGCUGCCGGAAGAACUGGCGGAAGAGGACGAUCUUAGAUCGGAAUUUGUGUCCCACCAUGAUCAUCAUCACGGUGGAGAUUCAGAGCUAUCUGGUGUUGGGCUUUGGAUUCAUGCAAUGGGGUGUUCACUGUUGGUGAGCUUGGCUUCUCUUAUUUGUUUGAUUCUACUGCCAUUGAUAUUCUUUCAAGGAAAACCAUCAAAGACAUUUGUCGAUUCACUUGCUGUAUUUGGGGCAGGAGCCAUGCUUGGUGAUGCUUUUCUUCAUCAAUUGCCACAUGCAUUUGGUGGUGGACAUUCUCAUUCACAUGAUAACCAUACGGAUGAUACCCAUGAUCAUGAUCAUUCCCCUUCACAUUCCCAUUCCAUUGAAGAUCUCUCAAUUGGAUUAUCCAUUUUGUUUGGAAUUGUUGUUUUUCUUCUUGUGGAAAAGAUUGUGAGGUAUGUUGAAGAAAGGUCAAGAGGAGUUAAUUCAUGGACUCAUGGUCAUCAUCAUCAUCAUCACCAUAAGAAGAAUGAAUCACUGGAAAAUGUCAAUGAUGAUGACAAAUCUAAUGAAUCUUUAAAAACACAAACACAAGAUGAAUCAUCUCUUCUUCGCAAGAGAAACAUUAGUACUAAUGGUGACAAGAUUGAUGAGAAAGGACCAAAAAGUGAAACAAAUUCCAUUACAGGGACUGAACCUGCACAUUCAUCAAGUCUUGUGUUUGGUUAUCUUAAUCUGUUCUCUGAUGGUGUUCAUAAUUUCACAGAUGGAAUGGCUUUAGGAAGUGCUUUUCUUUUAUACGGGUCUGUAGGUGGGUGGUCAAGAACACUAUUUCUUCUUGCACAUGAACUCCCUCAAGAGAUUGGUGAUUUUGGGAUCUUGGUGAGGUCUGGUUUUAGUGUUUUUAAAGCCCUGUUCUUUAACUUUCUCUCUGCAUUGGUGGCAUUAGCAGGAACUGCAUUGGCAUUGUUAUGGGGACAAGAUCCAGGGCAAUCAUCUUUGAUUGAGGGAUUUACAGCAGGUGGAUUUAUAUAUAUAGCAGUGGGGGUGAUGGCAGAAAUGAACAAUGGAAGUUGUUCAAUAAAAACUAGUGUGAUACAGUUGACUUCUUUAGUAAUGGGGAUGUCUGUUGCCCUUUUUAUUUCUCUUAUUGAAUGAAUCAACAAUUUUUAAUAUAAAAAUUAGAGACACUUUCUUGAUCUGACAGUUUUUUUUUUUUAAUUGAAAGGUAUGAUCAUAAAUUACAUAUA